GCACUGAAUCAUACUUCCGUACGACUGGGAAAGUACAGUGCCUGAAACUUGGCGACCAAGUGACCAAGCUGAAUAAAAUGACGUCCGUCCUAGCGACGCCGUCCAAGUCGGGCUUCGACUUCAGCAACCACACCCGAAACGCCCACCUAGCGCAGUCCAAGAACCUCAACCUGCCAAAGGCAACGUCAACGGGCACUACGAUCGUCGGCCUUAUCUACAAGGAUGGUGUCGUUUUAGGAGCAGACACACGUGCAACAGAGGGGCCAAUCGUGGCGGACAAGAAUUGCGAGAAGAUCCACUACAUCAGUGAAAAUAUUCGCUGCUGCGGUGCAGGGACGGCCGCAGAUACAGAGUUCAUCACCAACCUGAUCUCCUCGAACAUUCAGUUGCACGAGCUCUCCACAGGCCGACAGCCGCGCGUUGUCACAGCCAUGACGAUGCUCAAGCAGCGUCUGUUCCAAUACCAAGGCCACGUUGGUGCAGCGCUUGUGCUGGGAGGAUACGACGCCACUGGUCCCCAACUCUUCACUGUCGCGCCGCAUGGAAGCACAGAUAAGCUUCCAUACGUGACCAUGGGCUCCGGUAGUCUCGCUGCCAUGGCUGUUUUUGAAAGCGGCUGGCAGAAAGACAUGGAUCGCGAGUCGGCCAUCGCGCUGGUCUGCGCUGCAAUUGAAUCGGGUAUCUUCAAUGACUUGGGUUCUGGCUCUAACGUCGACGUAUGCGUCAUCACCAAGGAAAAGACCGACAAUCUGCGCAACUAUGUCAAGCCAAACGAGCGAGGCGUGAAGGAGCAAAAGUAUGGCUUCAAACGCGGCACGACUGCCUGGACGAAGGAGAAGAUUUGGGAUUUGGUUGUCAAAGAUGACAUUCUCGAUGUGGGCUCCGUGCCGCCAUCAGAAGAGAGAAUGGACACCUCAUGAAUCUGCAUCCCGCAUGUGGCUGUAUAUUAGCAGAUUAAAGCGAAGCAUGAAGCAAGGUAGAUACAGGGAAACAGUCCUUCUGUCGGCUGCGCAUGCUGCAUGGCAGCUAAAACCAUUUCCUAGACUUGAAUCCAAGCAGCUCAAGCAGCGUCUUGGCCAGCCCGCCGACGGCUUGUUUCGGCGCGGAGACGACCGGUUUCCCGACAAUGUCGACGCGCCAUGCCUCUUUCCCGUCGACCAUCACUGUCGCACGCACAAUUGGUUGCAAAUGAUCGCGCGUGUCGACUUCAAACUCGGUCCACUUGACAUUCCCAUCUGGAAUGUAUUUG